GCCAACGAGAGAGUACCACACGCGUAAGUCGUAUCUUCCUCUAAUGAACUCCACGUGUCUUCAUGCGCCAUCAAGCCGCAUGAACUUUCUGCCCAAGCCAAGGCCAGUCUCAGCCUGCCUUUCCCAAUCGUAUACCCAUUCCCUUAAGUACCCCCACACGAACAAGCAGAUGCGCAUUCCGCACCCAAGCCGUUCUCUAUUCUCUGUAGCCCAACGUUAUCUCUCCACCUUCACCUUCUUCUCUCUAAAACCUCUCUCUCAAUCCUCUCUCCGAACCCUAGCUUCAACCAUGGCCUCAGAGAACUUCUCAUCCGACGCCACCUCUGAUGUCGUCGCCGAUGAAGUCAAGUUCGGGUUCCAGAGAUCCGAAAUGUACAGUAGCAACCUCGCCGGCACUGUUGAUCCCUACGACCGCCACGUGUUCCUCUCCUACAAGUCUUACGAUUCUUGGCCUCCUCGUGUCGAAAACUCUGAUACCGAUCUCCUUCCCAAGCUUCUCUCUGAUGCUCUUAAAUCUCGCAAGAACGACAUCAACGUCAAGACUCGUUUGACGAUAUGUGAGGGACGUGAUGGGAGCGGAUUAUCGGAUGGAGAUGUAUUGAUUUUCCCUGAAAUGAUCAAAUACAGGGGUCUGAAGGAGUCCGAUGUGGAUGGAUUUGUUGAUGAUGUGCUUGUGAAUGGCAAACCGUGGGCUUCUGGAGUGCAGGAGGUGUUGAUUGGUUCACAUGUUUUUGUGUGUGCUCACAAUAAGCGAGACCGACGAUGUGGUGUUUGUGGACCUGUUCUAAUUGAGAAGUUUAAAGAGGAGAUGGAAUUAAAGGGACUGGAGGAUGAGGUGUUUGUGACUGCUUGCUCUCAUGUUGGGGGUCACAAGUAUGCAGGGAAUGUGAUAAUUUUCAGUGCAGACUCAGAAGGGAAAAUUUCUGGGCAUUGGUAUGGUUAUGUCACCCCGGAUGAUGUACCAGAUUUGCUUGAUCAGCAUAUUGGGAAGGGAGAGGUCAUUGAACGACUUUGGAGGGGCCAAAUGGGUGGACGUGCUGAGGAAGCUGACAAGUUGGAUGAACAUAAGCUUCCAAAUGGAGAAGCUCUGGAGCAUAGCGAGACACCUCAAGAAAAUGGCAGUGAGGAGAAAAGGGAAAGUGUGGCAAACUGUUGCCAAGGUGGUACUGGAUUCUCAUGUUGCAGAGAUGAAAGUUUGGAAGAAAAACAGGGAAAGAAUGGGCCGGUAAGACUCACGACCUGGGUAGGAAAAUGGGAGCAACGUGAAGUUCUUACAGCUGCUGCUGUGGUUGGAGCCGUGGCUACUGUUGCGGUGGCUUAUAGCUUUUAUAGAAGGUCCAAGUGAAAUGUAGUCCGUAGUCCACUGCAUUCUGUUUGCUUUUGGGUGUUAUAUUCCCUUGGUUUUUGUGGAGGGUUAUAAUAACAUCGAUAAAUAAUCCUUUGAACUAAGCACUUUGUCUGAAGGAGAAUGAUAGGCUUACAUACAUCUUAGAAUGUGAGGAUGAUGUUACAUGUUGUCUAAACAUUUGCUGGAAAGGCGUUAUAGGUAUUAUUCAGCCGGCUACUUAACAUAAUGACCACGUAUUGGUAAUUAAAAGUUGUUUGAAAAUCAUGCAUAAAGAUUUCAUAUUACCAGGCAAUUUUGAGAGGGCUUCUCCUUCGCCUUACCUGAGCAAUC